AUGAAUAAGGACUUAAUCGACCAGGUAUUAUCUAUGCUAUACGAGUAUCUAAGCGGUAUUGAUAUUUUGGUAGUAAGUACUAGCUUAGCUAGCCUGGGUUUUGCUAUUAAAGCCUACCGCAAGGGGCACAAUAUUAAGAUCCUUGAGCGUAGACACAAACGACUACGGUAUGUCUUCCCUUUUGUUGAUGAUCUUGCAGGAGAUUUCAUAACUAUUCAAUCCUCCGCCCUUCGUACCCCCGAAAACUGGCCAGGAUUCCUUGAGUACUGCUCAGCCUUCCACUUUAGAAAAGCUGGUACUAUCUGUACUUAUGAUGGAACGGUCCUGGGCACUGUUGAGUAUCCUCUUACUAUCAGUCGUGCGAAGCAAGUGGCGAGAAAGCCAUAUGUAGUAAAUGAGUAA